ACUACAUUACCCAGAGGCGCCGUGCACCGCCCCCUCCGCGGAGUCGGAGCGCAGCGAGGCGCCUGCCGGGAGACGCUUACUGCGCCGAGGAUUGUCUGGGUUCAGCAUCCCGCGGCCCUGGUCCCGAGUUGAUUUAGUGCCUUGUGCCGCCUCCCGACAUCCGGCGGGUCGUGGGGCCCCGAGCGGCCAGCCAUCCUCCAGAACCAGCAUCCUGAGGAGGAAGACAACUUGUGACACAUCUUAAAGUCAAGGAUGCCAUCCCGGAGAUCACAUUACAUUUCAUUGUCAUGUGUCCUUAUGCUCCUCUUGGCUGUGACAGUUUCUCAGACUUGCCUUGUUUCUGAUGACCUUGACGGUUUUAAGAGGUACAGGUAUUUGGCCUGCUACAAAAGGUUCAGUUUCCUAAGGAGCCCAUAAAGAAGAAAUUUGAAAUUACCCAUAGCUGUAUCAUCCAGAGAUAAUUGCUGUCAAUAUUUUGGUAUGUAUGUUUCCAGCACCCACCCCCAUACAUAUGUAUGUGGUUUUGACUCCAGAGCAUUGGAUCCUGCUAAUUGACACACAAUUAAGCCAAACACUGUUCAAAUCUUAGUUUAUAGAGGAAUCUACCUCAGCUAUGGGUGACAUUAUACCUGUUGCAUGUGGAGAAGAGAGAUGUGUGCCAGUGAUCCUCAUCUUACUUUUAAAAAGUCUCUCACAUAUUUACACCUUAAAAGAUUAGAAAGACAUCAUUUGAAACUAAUCCCAUGAACAAAUUAUCAGUAAAGACAGACUUUUAAAAUCCGACUUCCCAGGAUUUUUUUCUUUCACAGAACAUGACAAUAAUCCCUGACUUACUACAAAUAUGAGCUGUACUAGAACAUUUCUUCGGGCAGAUAAGAUACACGAGAAAAACGUAAGACAACAGUAGUUUAAAACAAUCACGUUACAGAGGUACCUGGUUGGCUCAGUCAGUGGAGCCAACUCUUGAUCUCAGAGUCGGGGCUUUGAACCCCAUAUUGGGUAUAGUGAUUGCUUUUUUAAAAAAUGAAAGUUUUUGGGGCACCUGGGUGGCUCAGUGGUUGAGCAUCUGCCUUCAACUCAGGUCAUGAUUCCAGGGUCCUGGGAUUGAGUCCUGCAUUAGGCUCCCCACAGGGAGCCUGCUUCUCCCUCUGCCUGUGACUCUGCCUCUCUCUCUGUGUGUCUCAUGAAUAAAUAAAUAAAAUCUUUUUAAAAAAAUGAAACUGUUCACAGAAAUCUUCCAUAUCAUAUGGAAUACAAGAUCUGGCCACUUGCUAGUGUUCUCAAUUUGACAUCGUUUGUUUUAUUUUACUUUAUUUUAUCUUAUUUUAUUUUUAUUUUAUUUUAUUAUUUUAUUUAUGACAGAGUGUGCAAGCAGGGAGGAGAGGCAGAGGAAGAGGGAGACAGAAUCUUAAACAGACUCUACACCCAGUAUGGAGCCUGACACGGGGUUCAGUCUUGCAACCCUGAGAUCAUGACCUGAGCCAAAGUCAAGAGUCCGGCAUGUAACCAGCUGAGCCACCUAAGCACCUGUCAGUGUACAUUCUUUGGACUGGAAUUGCCAUGUAGAAUCACGUCUGUUGGGAUCCCUGGGUGGCGCAGCGGUUUAGCACCUGCCUUUGGCCCAGGGCGUGAUCCUGGAGACCCGGGAUCGAAUCCCACGUCGGGCUCCCGGUGUAUGGAGCCUGCUUCUCCCUCUGCCUGUGUCUCUGCCUCUCUCUCUCUCUCUCUCUCUCUCACUGUGUGCCUAUCAUAAAUAAAUAAAACAAACAAACAAAAAAAAAAAUCACGUCUGUUCCUCUCUGCUGGUGGAGAGGGAACAUUUCCUCCUUACAUGUCUUAGACUCUUUUUUUUUUUGCUAAUGUUAAUUUAAGAGAAUUUCAUUUUUAAGAGGCUCUGAAAGUUUUUAGUGUGGAUUAUAUAGAUAGCAGGUGUGAAGUACAUGUUUUAGCAUAAGAAAGGAAAAACAGACUUGAGUUUCUUUUAUAAAAACAGAUUAAGGGUGGUUGUUGUGUUGUUCUUUUUUUUGUUUUUUAAGAUUUUAUUUAUUCAUGAGAGACCCAGAGAGAGAGGCAGAGACUUAGGCAGAGGGAGACACAGGCUCCCUGCAGGGAGCCCAGUGUAGGACUUGAUCCCAAAACACUGGGAUCAUAACCCAAGUGGAAGGCAGAUGUUCAACUACUGAGCCACCCAGGUGCCCCCACAUUAAGACUUGUAUAAUGUUAUCGUUUCCUUUCAUAACAGCUAACUUGUCUUAAAUAACUUAAUAUUACUGUGUUUUAUUCAAAUUAUCUUUCUAAUAGUUGAUUCAGUCUUACCUGGCAGGUACUGUUUCUACCCCAGUCUUACCUGUGGGGAACAGACAGUGUGAGGUUAGUAACAGAGUUCAGAUUCACAUCCUGAAAGUCAAACCACAGAGCCUUAUUCUUGCUUUCACCAAGACCUCUCAUCCCAAAUUACACCUACAUUAUUAAAUGUAUAGUAAUACCUUCUUCACUUAGUAAUUCAGCAUAAACUUCUUUCUCAAAUAGUAUAAAUCAAUAUCAUUAUUAGCGUAUUAGAUGCCACUGUAGCAGACCAUAAUUUAUUUAUCUUUGCCACAGGUAUUUCUAUGCUUUCUUUUCAUUUUUUAAAAUGAUUCUCUGGAAAAUCUGAAUAAACUUAAUGGAUUAUAUCAGUAUCAAUGUCCUGGUGGUUAUAUUGUACUAUAGAUUUGUGAUGUGUUACCGUUGGGGUCAGCUGGGUAAAGGGUCCAUGGGAUCCCUCUGUGUUCUUUCUUACAACUGCAGGUGAAUUUACUAUUAUCUCAAAAAUUGUUUUUUAACUGUCCCAAUUUUUAAAAAUCCCUUGAACAUUCUCAUAUAUUUGUGCACUUCUGUACCUGUUUCCUUGGGAUAAGUUCCAAAAAGUGGAAUUUUGCAUCAAUACGGUGCUUUUAUUAAGUACCUACAAUAUGAUACAAGUAUUGGGAACAACAAACGACUAAAAGGACAUUGUUACCCGUACAUUGUUUAUGUCUCAGCUGGAAAGGGAAACUGAGUGGAGCUCAAGGCAGCCUGUGGUCAAGGCCAGUGGAGACUUCUAGGUGAUAUGCCGUGAGGGGUGCUGAGAAGGGGGCCACUGUUGUCAGGUCACGACCAGAUAAUUGUGAACACAUGGGCUCUGUGUGAAGUAAAAUGGAAUUUGUUUCCUAAGUUUUGUAUCUUAAGUGUUUUCUCUGAUGAUAUUGAUGCAAAGUGAAGACUAACAGGGUCAGGUGGUUUAGCAUUCCACAGGACACCAUGGCUGGAAGGAUAGCUCGGAAGUCACAUUCAUCCUCCCACCAAGACAGCCAUCAGUACUACAGGACAUCCCUUGGAAUCUUAGUCAUUAGUCUUAGUCCAGUUGGCCCUCACAUAUGUGGAUAUAGGUAGGAGUCAGAGAGUUGGUUUAGGUAUAUUAGGAAGCAAAAGGAAAGAAAAGUUGUACAUAAAAUAAUGCGAAGGUAUCUCAAGACUUUUAAAGUUUCUCUUUGAGAGUCUAUCAUUUAAUGAGUUUGAAAGAAAUAAACACACAUACAUAUAUAUGUCAAGCCAAUGCCUGGCUUUUGUUAUACCCCUAGUGAGGUAUACUUGAAGAAAACCAAAGUCAGAGAGUGUGUCAGAGGCAAGGUUCUGUGAUUCUCUGUGUGUACUCAGGAUUUGACGAGUAGUCCUGUUCAAGGCCAGGAUUUAUUACAGCAAAAUGAUACACAGCACAAUCAGAGGGGCAGGUGCAUGGGAUGGACGACAUGGGGAAGAAAUGAGGCACACACUUCCAGAGCACUCUCAUGGUGCAGUCACAUAGGACAUGCUUGAUUCCUCCGUCAGUGAGUUAUAGCAAGAUACAUGACGCUUUUUCCACCAGGGAAGCCCAUCUGAGCCAAGGAAGCCAGGGUUUUUAUCACAGGUCAGUCACAGAGGCACCCUCUCUCUGCCAUAUACCAAAAUUCCAGGCUCCCAGAGGAAAGUAAGGAUUCAGUAUAAACCACAUCAUUGAUACUGUUUCAAAGCAGUGAGCCACUCUUGUCAGGGAACACUGGGGACCCCCUGGACGUUCUGGAAAUCCAGCCAAAGGCCAGUCUCGCCGUUUCACACCUGCUUUGUUUACUCUUGCUGCACAAAGGAUUUAUAACUUCCCAGGCUUUUUCUUUCUGUUUCUCUGUUUCUAUUUUAUAUCUUUUUUUUUUCUGUUGAUGUUGUGUGUGUGUGUCUUCUCUGUGUAUGAUAUAUAUAAGCAUCGUGUGUGUGUGUGUGUGUGUGUACAUGCUCAUAUAUAGAAUUUUACAAGUGUAUUGUUGUAUCCUAGUUUCUUUGCUGACCAUGUAUCUGAAGUGUUAUUCAUGUCUUGUAAGGAAUUCUUCCAACUUAAUGUUUCACAAUCAUUUACUCUUUUGCAUCAGUACUCUGCAUGUAUUGCUGCAGUGAGCUUUUAUGGACGUAGGGUGCUGAAUGUUACCUGGGCCUUUCCUUCUCCACCCUGUCCAUCUGCCAUGCUUGACCAACCUCACCCUACAAGCCAGGAGAGGUUCAGGUUUGCAUGGUACACCCCCUCUUCAUCCUGGAUGGUGUGGUUGGAGGGAGCAGGAUGUUGCUCCGAGUAAGACCAUGCACCCUAAAUGAACCCCAUCUCAGGUCCAGAUCACAAUGUCCCUGCCCAGAGUUAGCCAGACUGGGAGGUUUGGGGGCACAGUAUGCACAUGAGAUCAUCCUCAGUUCUGACACCACAUUCAAGGUCAAGACUUUUCCAAAGCCACCCUCAAGCUAGAAGGAUUCCUAGAACUCACCAAGAGCUGUUUUUCUCGCAGUUCCAGGUAAUUACAGGGAAAGGAUGCAGAUUAACAUCAACCAGGGAAACAAGCACAUAGGCUGAAGUCUAGGAGUAUCCCCAACAUGGAGAUUCCAGUUCGUCUGUCCCUGAAGUUAGGACUGGAUGCUCUUAUCAGCAUUGACAUAGGACAAUAUGCAUAGACUGUCGCCAAACAGGGAAGCUCACCAAAGUUUUGAGGCCCAGAGUUUUCAGUGGGGCUUCAGCACAUAGGCACAGCUGAUUAAAUGAUUGAUCAUCCAGACAUGACUGACCUGUUGUCUACAUGUUAAUCUCAGUACCCAGGUCAGUUGAUACCCCAUGACCCAGAGCACCUAUCCCAAAUCACCUGAUUGGUCUUGGUGUAGCCAGUUCCCACCCUAAGACUGGUUGGGAAUGGCUAACUGCACCCAAAACAAAGACAUUCCUAUCAGGUAUGAUGUCAAUUACCCUUUGGAAGUUGAGGACAAAAAAAAGAUCUUAUCAAUUGCAACAAGAAGGAUGCACCUAGAGAAUUAUGCUAAAUGAAAGAAGAGAAAGAUAAAUACCAUAUGACUUCACUGAUAGUGGAAUCUAAUAAAGCAUAUGAACAAACAAAAACAAACCCAUAAAUACAGAGAACAGAUGAACAUAAUUGCCAGAGGGGAGGGGGAAAAAUAGGUGAAGGGGAACAGGAGGCUCAGGCUUCCAGUUAUGGAGUCACAGGGAGGAAAGGCACAGCAUAGGGAUCAUAGUCCCGUGGUACUGGUAGUAUCAUGUGACAGAUGGCAGCUACACCUUUGGUGCACACAGCGGUGAACCUACUUUAAAAAAAUUUUUUUAAGUUGUGUUGAGAAACAACAGCUGAAAGUAGGUCUGAUUUCAAGGCAAAAACAAAAACUCUUCUCUGUGUGUGCAGCUGGGUUUCUUAGGGCUUCAGGGAGAACUCUUCCCUUUUGUCCAGACUCUUCAUACUCCCCGAUGCAUCACAUUGAUGUGUGUGUAUUGGGGGGAGGAAACGGCCAACGGGUGGGGGAUUGGAAACAAAAUGAAAGAGUAGGAAACUUGUAUUAAAUCACUUGGGGACCAAGAUGCACUUAUUGUAAUGCCUCUUUUUUUCUCAUAUAUCUCUGGCUUCUCUGGAUUUUGUGUCUUUGGUAAAAGAAACCUCAAGAGGACUGAUCAGUUCUUGAUUCUAAAACUAUGGCGCACGGUUUGGUGACAUUCUCAGAUGUAGCCAUUGACUUCUCUCAAGAGGAGUGGGCGUGCCUGGACUCCAGGCAGAGGGACCUGUACUGGGACGUGAUGUUGGAGAACUACAGUAACCUGGUCUCCCUGGAUUUGGAGUCACCCUGUGGGACCAAGAGUUUACCUACAGAAAAGGGCAUUUAUGAAAUAAAUUUAUCCAAAUGGAACUCAAAUGGAAAAAGUAAAUCCCUUGGCCUUGACUGGAUGUGUGAAGGUGAGUUUGAAGGACCACAGGGCCCUCGAGAGAGCUGUUUCAAUCAAAUGAUAAUCAACUAUGAAAAAACGCCCACUUGUAGAGAAAAUACCUCUGUUAGACCACAUCAGAGACUUCAUACUAGGGAGAAUUCCUAUGAAUGUAAGGAAUGUGGGAAGGCCUUUAGUCGUGGCUAUCAACUCACUCAGCAUCAGAAAAUUCACACGGGUGAGAAACCCUACGAAUGUAAGGAGUGUAAAAAGGCCUUUCGUUGGGGUAAUCAACUCACUCAGCAUCAGAAAAUCCACACUGGUGAGAAACCCUAUGAAUGUAAGGACUGUGGGAAGGCCUUUCGAUGGGGUUCAAGCCUCGUCAUUCAUAAGAGAAUCCAUACGGGUGAGAAACCCUAUGAAUGUAAGGACUGCGGGAAGGCCUUUAGACGUGGUGACGAGCUCACUCAGCAUCAGAGAUUUCACACUGGGGAGAAAGACUAUGAAUGCAAAGACUGUGGCAAGACCUUUAGCCGUGUAUAUAAACUAAUUCAGCACAAGAGAAUUCAUAGUGGUGAGAAACCCUACGAAUGUAAGGACUGUGGGAAGGCCUUUAUCUGUGGCUCGAGCCUUGUUCAGCAUAAGAGAAUUCAUACUGGUGAGAAGCCCUAUGAAUGCCAGGAAUGUGGGAAGGCCUUUACUCGAGUCAAUUAUCUCACUCAGCAUCAGAAAAUCCACACUGGUGAGAAACCUCAUGAAUGUAAGGAGUGUGGGAAGGCCUUUCGCUGGGGUUCGAGCCUUGUUAAACAUGAGAGAAUUCAUACUGGUGAGAAGCCAUAUAAGUGCACAGAAUGUGGGAAGGCCUUUAAUUGUGGCUACCACCUCACCCAGCAUGAGAGAAUCCACACGGGUGAAACGCCUUACAAAUGUAAGGAGUGUGGGAAGGCCUUCAUCUAUGGGUCAAGCCUCGUUAAACAUGAGAGGAUUCAUACAGGAGAGAAACCCUAUGAAUGUAAAGAGUGUGGGAAGGCCUUUAGUCAUGGCCAUCAACUUACACAACAUCAAAAAAUUCACACUGGUGAGAAAUCCUUCGAGUGUAAGGAAUGUGGGAAGGCAUGUAACCAUGUGAACCAUCUUAGAGAACAUCAGAGAGUUCACACUGCUGAAAAACCUUUUGAACAAAAAGAAGGUGCAGAAGCUUCUAUACAACGUUCAUUCCUGCCAUAGCACAAGGAAAAUCCAUGAUACAAUUUAACAUAAGAAAGCUUUCACUGGUCACUCUUCCGCUUAUAGCAUCUCAGAAUAGUCAUGCUCGAGGCAAAUUUAGAGAAUAGAGAAAUCACUUUUUCUUAGUGAUCACACACACACAGUGUAGAAUUUUUUUCCUGAAUUGGCUUAAUGAGUGCAUAGAAGCUUCCUACCGUUUGAGCUUUGUCUCACUUCAGAUUUGUUCUAAGGAAUAACUCUGUUAAUGCAACGUAUGUGGGAAAGCCUCCUGCUGUGGUACACACCCUCCCUGUUACCAUCACCAUCCCACCUCUUUACUCCUGUGACACACUGGGAAAAUGACUUGUUACCCCUAUGUGUUAUGUGUGAAAUGGGGACAAUCACACCUACCUAAUACUGCUGUUGUGCUGAGUUUGGUACAUGUAAACUCUCUGAAGGUGUAUCUGGAACAUUGUGUAAGUUCAAUAAAUACUAGCUGUUGUUGUUCUUACCAUCAUUA